GUUUCCAGAAUGACGUAAUUUCCUGCAGUUCAAGCGCGUCUGUGUUGUUGCUGGAUUCGAGCACAAUGUCGGUGAAACUAAACGCGUUAAAUAGCGAUUCUUACAUCGAUGUGAGUGAAUACGUAGACCAGUGUUUCAAGGGGAAGCGCUAUGAGCAGGAGAAGCUGCUGAAGCAGAGCAACACGCUGUACGUGGGGAAUCUGUCCUUCUACACGACAGAGGAGCAGGUGCAUGAGCUCUUUUCUAAAAGUGGCGACGUGAAGCGCAUCAUCAUCGGGCUGGACAAAAUCAAAAAGACGGCUUGCGGCUUCUGCUUCGUGGAAUACUACACGCGUGCAGACGCUGAACACGCCAUGCGCUUCGUCAAUGGAACCCGGCUGGACGACCGGAUCAUCAGAACCGACUGGGACACGGGCUUCAAGGAGGGACGGCAGUACGGCAGGGGGAAAUCCGGAGGACAGGUGAGAGACGAGUACCGGCAGGACUACGACCCGGCCAGAGGCGGCUACGGGAAGCUGGCGCAGCAGCAGCGAGUUCCGGACGGACGCAACAGUUUCUAGCUCCUUGUGCGUGCGAGCCCUUGCCUCCAGCAGGUUUCUCUUGCGCACAGCUUGUAUUUAUUCCCUCAUUUGGGGCGAGUGGUGACCAGUACCGUGUGGAAGCUGGUCAGAUUCCGGUGAUGACUAUUGAAGUGGUCAGAGACAAGUCAUCCAAGUCCAUUUCAAUAUGUCAUGAUUCUCUCUUU